AUGUCCGAGAUCACACCCGUCACCGAGUGGCCCGACUAUGCCGUCGACCCUCAGGGCGGCAACCCCAUCACCCAGGAUCUCAACGCCCCCUACGACAAGGGCGACCUCUGCUGGCUGCUAGUAUGCACCAUCCUGUGCUGGCAGAUCACUCCGGCCAUCGGCUUCCUGUACGCGGGCAUGCACCGCCGCAAGUCCGCCAUGACCAUGAUCCUGCAGUCGCUGUUCUGCGCCUGCGCGUGUGGCAUCCAGUUCUGGGUGUACGGCUACUCCCUCUACCAGUCCCGAACCACCAACCCGAUCUUGGGCGAUCUCUCCCUGGCAGGGUUGCACAACGUCCUCGCCUCCCCGUCGCUCGCCAACACGGACAUUCCGGACAUUCUCUAUGCUGCCUUUGGCUUCACCUUCGUCACUGCGACCGCCAUGAUCUUGGCCGGAGCCAUGCUGGAGCGUGGCCGGCUCUGGCCUAGCAUGGUGUUCCUCCUCUGCUGGACCACCUUUGUGUACUACAUUCUCGCCUACUGGGAAUGGAACCCCAGCGGCUGGCUGUACAAGCUCGGCCUCUACGACUUUGCAGGCUCGGGUCCCGUCCACAUCGCCAGUGGCUUCGGCGCCCUCGCCUGGUCCUUCAUGCUGGGUCCCCGUCUCACCGACAAGGCCGCUGAGGCCAAGAAGGGCGUGCACUACAAGCCGCACAACCCUCUGCUCAUGUGCAUCGGCACUGUCUUCAUCUGGUUCGGAUGGUUCGCCUUCAACGGCGCCAGCACGGCCAACCUCAGCCUGCGAUCCAUCUACGUCGUCGUCAACACCAACUUUGCGGCAUGUGGUGGCGGUAUUGGCUGGGUCCUUCUUGACUACAUCUACACCAAGAAGUUCAGCUUGGUGGGCUUCUGCUCGGGCAUCAUCUCUGGUCUGGUCGGAAUCACACCGGCUGCAGGUUUCGUGGUCGUUGAGUGUUCUGCGCUCAUUGGGUUUCUGACAUCGAUUGUCUGCUUCUACGCCGCCCGGUACAAGUACCUCCUCUCCGUUGACGACGGCCUCGACAUCUUCGCCAUCCACGGCGUUGGCGGCUACUUCGGCGACAUUCUGACGGGACUCUUCGCCGCGCAAUUCGUGCCCGCUCUCGACGGCGUCAGUGGCGACGCGUACGCAGGAGGCUGGUGGAACCACAACUGGCGUCAGCUUGGACUGCAGCUCGCGGGUGCCACGACAUGCGCCGUGUGGUCGUUUGUCAUCUCGUGCAUCCUGCUAUUCGUCAUCAACAAGAUUCCCGGCCUGCACAUCCGCGCCAGCGAGGAGAGCGAGGUGCUCGGCCUGGACUUUGCGUAUCUGUCGGAGAUGGAUUGGGAGGAUGGGCUCAUGAGUGAUCAGAGCAUGACGAUGACCGAGGGCGUUCGCGGGUCUGGCUCUCUUAAGGGUGCUACACCGCCUGUGGUUGAGGAGACUAAGAAGGAUUGAGUGCGUUGAUUUUGAGACUCAAGGAAGGCGAUUGCUUGUUUACUGAUACUCUAGAGGGUUGUUUUGCUGCUGCGUAUUCUAGCGGGGCAUUGGCUGAAACAGCGCGUUUGAGAGACACAAUUAUAAUUGUAUC